AGCAAUCAGUGAAGAACUUUCAGAGAUCUUUGUACAGAGACAAAUGAACAUUUACAUUUUUAUUUAUAUAUAGAUAAGCCAGUGCUUAAUACAUGUUUAUACAAUUAAAACAGGAGCAGCGGUAGCUCAGUUAGUACAGUGACUAGAUUAUGGGCUAGGGAAUCAUGGAGUCACCCAUUUUUUUUCACAUCCUGCUGUGUUAAUUGCUAUAGAUAAUAUUUAUUAUAGUCCUGUCAAUGCAAUGCUAUUUCCAGUAAGAGUUUACUGUCUAGGAUGAAAUGUUUUUAGAAAAUUUACGCUAAGUAUGUGAUAGAAUAAUCAUAACCAAAAAGCAGACGUGAAGAUGGCACCGAAAUUUUACCUUAGACAGCGGACUCCUGCUGUGUUGUGUUGACAGGAAUAUAAUAAAUAUUAUCUGUAGAUCAUGGAAUAAAAUUCUGAUUCUCAGUGGGGGCAGAGAUUUUGCUCUUUUCCAUAGCAUGAAGACUGGUUUUGGGCCACACCAAGCCUCCUGUCCAAUUUGUGCAAGACUGUCUUCCGCAAGGGGGUGAAGUGGCCACUGCAGUACCUCCAUUAUGCCAUACAUAUUUGUGGCAUGGUACUUAAUUAAGCAUAGAGGGCAUUUUAUGUUAUAUUUUAUGUAUUUAAAAGAAAGACAGUGAAAUUUGAAGGUGUACAAAUAUUUGUUUAUUUUAGUCUAUAGUGAGUAACGUAAUUAGUUGGCUUGGUAUAAUCCUUAACUACAUGAACCCAGAACAUUGGAGUUGUUUGUUGAAUCGUUGCUUAAAAAGGCAAUGGAAGUAACAAGUACCAAAAACGCAAAAACUCUAACGCCCUCACACAUGAAGCAGUGCAUACUUUCUGAGAGUCGCUUUGACUUUCUCAAGGAUUUGGUGAUGUUGCUACCAGAUGUUCCCGCCUGCGAGUACGAAGAUGGAGGACAACCCAAUGCCAGUGUACAGCCUCCCAUCAGUGACCCUGCAAGUGUCAUUCGGCAGAUACAAGAAGUUGCUAAUGUUCCCCACAAUAAAGAAGACAGAGGAUGUGUUCCUCCACCAGAACCAACUUUUGUUUCAAGCAAUAAAUUAAACCUUAAUUUUUAUAAAGAAAGUGAAGAAGCCAGCAUAAGUGGUGCCAAGAAUUUAGGUAGACAAGCUGCAGCUCGGAGUCCACAUAUAUGCAUUCAGGACGCUGAAGACAGUGGAAGUGAGCAUGAAGAGGAAUGUCGGGUGCCAGCGAUAGUUCCACAAUAUGCACAACCCAAGGCAAGUGUUGCUCUUCUCGAUGAAGACUAUGAUACAUAACAUUUGUUUGGAAAGUUGGUUUCUUUGACUUCUGCAGCACCAGUUGACAUUUUGUGAAUAAAAGUGUGAGUUGUAGAUCCAUGUCAACAUGACUUCAGAUACAGCUCAGACAUAUUAAUAACAAUGAUGAUAAUUUCCCAUAUUUGAGAUUUAUGAAAGUAACAAGAUCAAUGCAGCGUCAUCAGGUUAAGAAAACUGAUUCACAAGCAUUUAUUGCACUUGUUGGCUUUAUACACAUAACUUUAGAGAAGCACUAAACAUUCGAGACACAUAGCAUCCUAAUUAGAAUAAAAGUAAUUGCUGGUUAUAUGUUCUAUGUAAUAUUUUUUUCUGCUUUCAAUUUUAACCUCAUAAAACUUUUUACAGUUUACACACAACUUUAUUUUGGUAUGAGGCAUGAAAACAGUUUGUUAUCAGACAUUUGGUCCAAUCUACUAGGUCAACAUGAGUUGGUCCAGUCCAAAAUUUAAUGGUAGACGAUCCAGAUCUCAUAUUUAUAUCCAGUCGUAGUCCAGUCUACUUGUGGUUCAGCCCUUCAAAAUCAUACAGUUAUGCUGAAAUUAUCCUUAUUCUUGCUUUAAAUGGGGCACACAGUAGCGUAGUUGGUU